AUGUUACACAAAUGGAAUAUAUUAUACAUUAUCUUAUUAAUAUCUUCUGCACAGCAAGGUAACGGCGGAACGCUGCCGUGCCAGUCGUCAUCGGUGGCGGCGGAGGAGGCAGCCAAAAAUGUUCUGAGGUUACAGCAUGAAACGGAGGAGGUGGCCAAAAGUUUACUGAAGUUACUGCAGGAGGCGGAGGAGGCAGCCAAAAAUGUUCUGAGGUUACAGCAAAAGACGGAGGAGGUGGCCAAAAGUUUUCCGAAGUUACAGCAGGAGGCGGAGGAGGCAGCCAAAAAUGUUCUGCGGUUACAGCAUGGGAUGGAGGAGGUGGCUAAAAGUUUUCCGAGGUUACUUCAGAAGGUGGAGGUGGUGGCCAAAAGUUUUCCGAGGUUACUUCAGGAGGUGGAGGUGGCGGCCAAAAAUUUUCCGAGGUUUCCGCAGGAGGCGGGCCUGCGACGAGUGUAA